CUAGCACAUGUCGACAUGUUAUUGAUAGAACCGGUUCGUUGAGUGACCCUACUUGUGGGGUUAUACACCAACAAACAGUGACCCUGCUUGUGGGGGUUAUACACCAGCAAACAGUGACCCUGCUUGUGGGGGUUAUACACCAGCAAACAGUGACCCUGCUUGUGGGGAUUAUACACCAGCAAACAGUGACCCUGCUUGUGGAGAUUAUACACCAACAAAUAGUGACCCUGCUUGUGGGGAUUAUACACCAGCAAACAGUGCGCCUGCUAGUGGGUGUUAGACGCUGGCCAUGACCUAUAGAGGAGACGUCUAUUUCUUUCUCGUAUUGUAUCUGUUUUUCAUGAUUGCACAUGUUGGCAUGCUAUAAGUUUGAUAAGGGGCACUCCAUAUUUACUUACUAAGUUUAUCUCAUAGUUUUUCCUUGUCCACCAUUUUAGGAAGUGAAGCCGAGGACGGGGAAACCACGGGAAGUGACGAGUUAGAAAGCUAGCCAUUUCGAGAUUGACAUAGAUUUUAGAAAUAAAUCGUGAUAUUGUAAACUUGACUUUAUUGGAGAUUUAUGAUAUUGGAGCAAAUUAUAAAUUUUGAUCUUUAGAUUUUGAUGGUAUUAGUUUGUGAUUUGAAUAAGUUCCGAGCCUUAUACACUUGUGGGACCCGUCUCACGAGUGCACAGCGUUUGUCACGCCUCGGAUUUGGGUUCUGGGGCGUCACAGUUGCAAUCCUAGUUUCUCCACUUAUUUCACUGUAAUCCCAAUUCUGCCCUGCAUAAUUUGUUUUAUACUUGUGCAUUUUUUGUAUAAUGUAGCAAAUAAUAAUGAAAAACAUUCAUG